UGGCUAUCCCACGCAACACUCGACACCACUUCGUAUUGUAAGGUUCCAUGCACAAGCAAACACAUCGCACAAGUACAUUUUUAGUAUAUAGUAUAUACUAUAGAGUGGGACAGUAUGGUUACCAAAUUGCAGAAUAUCAAUGACCUGCCUGAGGUAGAUGCUAAUGCCGGUGCCAAGGUUGGCGAGGCCUUGGAAAAGGCAGCUAAGAUCAUCAAGCCUGUAGUUGAAGUGGCCAAGAAGAUUGUCAACAAUGUCGGCCCAGUACUGGAGAAAGGAGUGCAGUGGUGUGAGGAAAAGUACCCUAUCAUCGAACCAUACAACCCCACGGAAUUGCUGCCGGCAAUCAUUGGGCUGGUGCUUGUGUUCUACGGUGGCCAUUUUAUGCUCACCGUCUCUGCAGUUGAGGCGUUCCGUAUGAUUGGAUACCAGGAUGUCAAAGAGGCCCUGAUUGUAUUUCACAAGAACUGGAAGGCCAUCCAGGUUGCAAAUCAGAAGGACAAUACGAUCGAUGCUGAUGGAGACGGGAUCGCCGAUGUGGAACAGAUCACGGCCAAGGAGAAGACGUCUAGAAAGAUGCUGUUGGUUCUGCGCACUAUUGACCCGGCAGAGGUGCAGAAGGCGUAUCACGCCUGCCUGAUGUCCUGGGGUGCUAUCAUAGUUACACUAAAGAUGAACUUUGCUGAGCGUAGCCUUGCUAUCUACAAUGGAAUCUGA